AUGGCGAUGAAUGAGAAGAACCAAUUGCCUGCGCGUCCCCCGGCGAAUGUCGAAGUGAAGGCGUCGGUGCAGGCCUUUGAGGACGCUUUGAGCCAGGUUGGGACUGGCGUGGCGGCCCCUGACACGCUCUGCAGCUUCUUGCACAAGCCGGAUUUUGGUGUGACCGCUGAGACCAUGGCUCUGGCAACCACCUAUGCUAUGCGCGAUAUAAACGCGACUACGGACGCGGGCUCGUGUCAUCAAGCCGUCGCAGGUACGCUCGCCGCCCUGGCUGUCAAGAACGUGGACCUCUUGUCCUCCGCGCCGGAGCGCCCGGCCCCACCGCCGCCGUCUUCGGGCGACGCGCGCAAGAUGGGGCACCACCUCGGCGAAUACCACCUCAGCGGACACCACCUCGGCGGAAACGUCGUCCAGCACCCCAGCAACUGCGCGCCCGGCGGAUACCACCACGGCGGAAACCAGCACCCCAGCAACUGCGCGCCCUUCGUCGGAUACGCCGUCUCUCCCAUGUCCACGCUGCACUGUCACCCGCAGUCCUACUACCCGUACCAGCCGCCCAACCGCUGGAACCAGCUUCUCAACUACGGGCACCAGACCCACUGCAUGUACUACCCGCACCAGCCGCACCAGCAGCCCAGCUACGGGCACCAGACCUACAACUACCCGCACCAGCCCAACUCGUCCUGGUAUCAGCCGCGUCCGAGCGCACCGCCUGCUGGCUAUCGCUGGCCGGCAUAG